AUGCCUCCCACGCCCCCUGUGCCCGUGCAAGUCUCGCAGAAUGACCUACCGCGUGUCCUCGCCGUCCUGGUGUUGGGUUAUGCUGCUGUCUCGUGGCUGGCGCUCCAGAUGGACGAGUUUUUCGCUGCGGACGAACAGGACGACAACUUCAGCUUCCCUAAAGUGGGGGCUUUUGUCGCGCUGUACACGGUCAUGAUGGCUAUCUCCCGUUUUUACGAGCAUGGCACAUACGUCUUGUACGAGAUGCUGUGGGCGUGUAAUGUAUCCCUCGUGCUGGUGGUUAUGGCUCUCUACUUCUCCAAGCCCUUCCUGGUCGGCGUGGCGAUGGUAACGGUGUCAGGAGACCAGCUACUCUGGUACAUCGACACUCUAUCAUUCGUACUGAACGGCAAGUUCAUUACCGGUGCCAUGAAGUACCUCACGUACCCGGAGAACCGCUCCUUCUCCAAGACGUUCUUCGCAACUCACCACCUGUGGUUCCUGCCCGUGUGCCUAUACAUCACUACCGGUCACGGCGGUAUGCACGGCUCAAGCUUUGUUAGUUCUUGCAUCCUGACCACGUUCCUGGCUGUGUUCUGCCGUGCGCUCACGCCCUUUGAAGUGCGUGUACCCGGCAGCGACCACAUCAUCUAUCUCAACGUGAACGGUGGCUACGAGUUCUGGAGGGAUAUUAAGAUCCCGCUGCUUCAUUUGUUGGACCACCACCACCCCAUGCUGUACAUCCCGUACCUAGCUAUCGUGGGAAACCUCGUCGCCAAUGGGUUCCCGCACAUGUUGGUUCUUGGUGUCGCAUUGGGACUUCAGUUUAACCCGCUACUUGAGGGAAUUACUCACUAA